AUGUCUACCUCGCAGUGGAGAAACCAUAAAAAACAUAUUUUCAUUUUGAGUGAAGCAGGAAACCAAGUUGUUUUCAGAUAUGGUAAUGAAGAGAGGUUGGCAACAUUGAUGGGUGUUAUGCAAGCAUUACUGUCAUUUAUACAAGCUGAACAAAACAGUUUGAAAUCUAUUAUAUCAGGAACUCAUAAAUUUGUGUUUUUAUUACGUAUACCAUUGAUAUUAGUAGCUGUUUCUUCUAAAAGAGAAUCUACGCAACAACUAACUGUGCAAUUGACAUAUGUCUACAAUCAAAUUAUAAGUGUCUUAACAUUUAGUCAGCUUAAUAGAAUAUUUCAACAAAGAAGAAAUUAUGAUUUGAGGCGGUUAUUAACAGGAACAGAAAAAUUUAUUGAUAAUUUAUUGAAAUUAAUUGACACAGAUCCAAGUUUUUUGUUACAAGCAGUACGGUGUCUACCCAUGCCUGGGACCACUAGGGAUAUUAUUGCUCAAAGUAUGCACAAUGCCAAAGUUAAGGAUUUGGUCUUUGCUAUUUUAAUAUCUAGGAAUCAAUUGAUAGCCUUAGUGAGAAUGAAGAAAUAUGUUUUACAUCCAGCAGAUCUUCAUCUGAUUUUUAAUCUUGUUAGUGCCUCUACCUCAUUCCAAGCAUCUGAGUCGUGGACUCCAAUAUGUCUACCAAAGUUUGACAGCAGUGGGUUUCUGCAUGCACAUGUCUCUUAUCUUGAUGACACAGAUGCCUGUUUAUUACUACUCACUGUAGAUAGAGAUUUGUUCUUUACUUUGUCUGACUGUAAACAGAAAAUAGUCGAGAGAUUACGAAAACAUGGCUGCCUGCAAGUUAUACAAGAAUCAUUGGCUAGAAAAGGUUACAAAGUAGCACAAGUUGGAAUCAGUGAUCUACGACACUUUCUGUAUAAAUCAAGAAGCACAGCUCAAUUUACAAGUCCUGACUGGGAACCUCCUUACACUGACGAAACUGAGCGUGAACGAUUAUUUGGUCUGUAUCAGUACCUUCAUCAGAGAAUACACAAUAAUGCUAGGCCGCUGAAAAUAUUAUUUCAUGCUGGAGAGAAAGAAACGUUACUUGGAUGGGUGACGUCAGGGUUUGAAUUGUAUACAACAUUUGGUCCGCUAGUCACAAAGCCUGUAGCAAUCACAGCAAUCAAUAAAUUACUCAAGUGGAUCAAGAAAGAAGAAGACAGAUUUUUUAUUCUGAAUUCCCCCGUGUUCUAGAAGAAAGGGCUGGGUUUGCACAAGACAUUUUGUUAUAACUUUACAAUGUAAUAUUUUAUUGUAUUGUUUAUGGUGACAUUGACAUGCUCUGCCUCUGCCUUGAUUUCUCCGUCAUGUAGCCACGGCAAACAAACAGCAGUUUUCCAAGCCUUUGAUGUCUCUAGGCACCCAGUCUUAAAUGUUAGUUGUUAUAAUGUUCAAAUCACGCUUUCUUAUCAAGAAUUCUUUCACUUUUUAACUCCAUGUUUUAUCUUCCCUCUAUAUAGAACUACAGCUGACCAAAUGACUGUUCAGGGAGUUCUUCUCUGAUCACAUUCAUCAACCAAUCGAAUCAAGUUUUCAUUGAAAGUAACACUUAUGUUUGGUUGCCGAUUUGCAUAUUUAUUUUGACAGAUGUAGUUAGAGAUGAUACAUGUCACCUGAAAUUAAAAACAACCCUUCAUUGAAUUCUAAUCAGAUAUUGAUGUGGCACAAUAUUUGAGAAGAUUGGAUAAGAGUAACUUUGAGACAUUCAUACAUUUGAUUUGACCAAGAUAUUUACCAAUGUAUAAAUCACAGCUACACUCAAAUUUAUAUAUUAGUUUGGGUUUCAUUUCAAUCACCUGAACACAAUGGUCAUACCAGUAAUAACAAUUCUGUUUAUAGAAAUUCUGUAUAUAGACAGGGUUAUAGCCUGAUAAUUUGGCAACAUAACCUGCAUAUCUGAUCAUCCCGUCCCAUGCCCGGCCAUUUAACCUGCAUGCUUGGCCAUUUAACUUGUAUGCCUGACCACUUUGCCAUGUGACCUGUAUAUCUAACGUUUCCUAGCCUGGCGAUGUCACCUGCAUACUUAUCCACUUGGCCAUGUAACCUUCAUGCCUAAACAUUUGGUCAUGUAACCAACAUGCCUGACAACUUGGCCAUGUAACCUGUAUAUUGAACUAUUCCUAGCCUGUUCAUGUGACCUGCAUGUCUGACCACUUGGCCUUGUAACCUGCAUAUAUUACCGUUUUUAGCCUGGCCAUGUAACCUGCAUAUCUGACCAUUUCUAGCCUGGCCAUGUAAUCUGCAUAUCUGACCAUUUCUAGCCUGGCCAUGUAACCUGCAUAUCUGACCACCCCAUCUGUUGUCAGACUAAUCAGUGCAUUGAGACCAAAUUCCACAUCUGGAUCACUGUAAAUAUAUUUUAGGGAUGGAGGGUAGUAAACUGGUUUGUAAAUUUAGUUAUGUACUAAUUAUGAUUGUAAAUAAUAAAUUAUACAUUUUGGUUUAA